CCUUUAUUUGUCAGGCGGGGGCAGGACUAAUUUAAUAUCGACAGGUAGAGAUGCUGGGUUACAGUACUAGCAGUCACUUAUCAUUUAGCGUUAUACUGGAAUAAACUAUGAUAUUGGAAUCAAGAAGGAUUUGACUGUGCUUUUGGCAACAAUAUUUUCCGUUUAUACAAGGCCCCGUGCCUUGUAGAAAACCGAUUUAGAUGGUGUAGAAGUGACAAUUGUUUUUAUUUGUUUCAAACGCAAGGGGUCUGUCGCAGUGGCCUAUAAUAUUUUACAACGGAUUGAAACAAACAGAAUACGUGACAAUGGCUAUGCAUUUAUAUCAAGUUAGUAGUAUGCUACUAGAAAAUACCGUCGGGAAAAUUAGUGACAACGUGACAUCGGUGGUUCUUGCAGUGUUUGUGAUCACCCUAACUUUGGGAUAUAUUUCUAAACUGGUGCUCAAACAGUCACAAUCUUCUUCCGACGAAGACAAGAAAUACCCACCAUACAUACCUUCUAGCAUUCCAUUUCUGGGUCAUGCCAUAGCAUUCGGGAAAAGUCCCAUUGAAUUUCUGGAGGAUGCAUAUGAAAAGUAUGGGCCCGUUGUCAGCUUUACCAUGGUGGGCAAAACCUUUACCUACCUUCUGGGUAGUGAGGCUGCCACAUUGAUGUUCAACAGCAAGAACGAAGAUCUCAAUGCAGAGGAUGUCUAUUCUCGAUUGACCACACCAGUUUUUGGCAAAGGGGUUGCAUACGAUGUACCUAACCAUAUUUUCCUGGAACAGAAGAAGAUUAAGACAGGACUGAACAUUGCCCAUUUCAAACAGCACGUUGAAAUCAUCGAGGAGGAAACUAAAGAGUACUUUUCGAGAUGGGGAGACAGCGGGGAAGAAAACCUGUUUGAGGCCCUGUCGGAGCUGAUCAUCCUGACGGCCAGUGCCUGUCUGCAUGGGAAGGAGAUCCGCAGCAUGUUGGACGAGAAGGUGGCCCAGCUCUACGCAGACCUGGACGGGGGCUUCAGCCAUGCUGCCUGGCUGCUGCCCGGCUGGCUGCCGCUGCCUAGUUUCAGACGAAGGGAUAGAGCACACAGGGAGAUCAAGAACAUCUUCUACAAAGUCACCCAGAAACGCAGAAGCUCUGGAGAGAAAGUGGACGACAUGCUGCAGACCCUCAUAGAUGCCACCUACAAGGAUGGUCGGCCCCUGAAUGAUGAUGAGAUAGCAGGUAUGCUGAUUGGUCUACUCCUGGCUGGACAGCACACAUCCUCUACCACUAGUUCCUGGUUGGGCUUCUUUCUGGGCAAAGAUAAGGCCCUACAGGACCGCUGCUACGCUGAACAGAAAACAGCAUGCGGAGAAGACCUGCCCCCACUCAACUUUGACCAGCUGAAGGACCUGACUUUGUUGGACCGCUGUUUGAAAGAGACCCUCCGACUACGUCCACCCAUCAUGACCAUGAUGAGAAUGGCACGCUCUCCUCAGACUGCAGCAGGCUACACCAUCCCAGCCGGCCACCAGGUGUGCGUGUCCCCGACGGUCAACCACCGUCUGCAGGACACCUGGACAGAGAGGAUGGAGUUCAGGCCUGACCGCUACCUCAAUGAUAACCCUGCCGCAGUUGAGAAAUUUGCCUAUGUGCCCUUUGGAGCCGGCCGUCACCGCUGCAUUGGGGAGAACUUUGCCUACGUUCAGAUCAAGACCAUCUGGUCUACCAUGCUGCGCCUUUACGAGUUCGACCUGGUCGAUGGCUACUUCCCCACAAUCAACUACACAACCAUGAUCCACACCCCACACAACCCCGUCAUCAGAUACAAAAGGAGGCAACACUAAGAGACACUGAGCGCAAAACACAGCAGAGAAAAGAGGUUACACGCAGGAGAAGAGCAAGGCUUUGUCCAAAAUGGCAUCCUAUUCUAUAGUGUACUCAUUUUUAGAGGAAAUUAUUGUACUUGAAUUUAGGAACUGUGCAAGUUAAUGCACAGAGUUCUGGCUGGAAAUGAAACAACUUUACUUUUUGUUGCCCCCCCCACCUUAUGUGUGCCUUGUUGUUUAGUUGUUAGAAUGUACACUGAAUCAGUUUGUUUCUUCACUAACGGCUUCUCUGUAGUAGUCUAAUCCCAAAUUAGAUCUGUUUGUGCAGUCAUGCCAAUUGCCAUAGGAUUUGGCUACAGUAUACAGCACAAACAGAUCUGGCCAAAAGCUUCAUCUUUUGUCCAUUCUAUUUCAACUGUCAUGGUAAUACAUAUACAGUGAGCUCCAAAAGUAUUGGGACAGUGACAAUUUUUUGUUGUCGUUUUGGCUCUGUGCUCCAAGCACUUUGGAUUUGAAACACUACAAUAACUAUGAUAUUUAUGCCUCGGUAACUUUGAGGUUAAAGUGCAGACUUCCAGCUUUAAUUUGGUCCCCCCAAUUUUAGGGGACCAAAAGUAUUGGGAGAAAUUCUUGUGUGUUUUAAAGUAGUCGAAAGUUUAGUAUUAGCAUGCAAAGAUUACAUUAACCUUGUGACUGCAAACUUGUUAGAUGCACUUGCUAAUAGUUCUGGUUGUGUUUCAGAUAAUUUUGUGCCCAAUAGAAAUUAAUGGUAGAUAAUGUAUUGUCAUUUUGGAGUCACAUUUAUUGUAUAUAAAAACAUAAGGUUUCUAAACACUUAUACAUUAAUGUGGAUGCUAACAUGAUUACAGAUAAUACUGAAUCAAUCAUGAAUAAUCAGUGAGAAAGUUAAGAGGCAUAAAUAUCAUAGUAUCAUUUCAAAUCCAAAGUGCAGAACCAAAACAACAAAUGUGUCACUGUCCCAAUACUUUUGGUGCUUAGCGUAGGCUUUCAAUCUUCCACUGUGUGAAAUGUGAUAUUCUCCUGUGUGUAUGAGUGACACUAUUACAGUAAGGAUGGAUAUUACUAGAGUAAAAAGCACUGCCUUUUACAGAGCAGUGAGAAAUAGUAAAAACCACUGAUCCUUAUCCAUUGAUUCAUAGAGAUCAGUGAUCAAACUGACGAGCACUGACUUUGUAUGUACUACUGUCCAUUCAUAUAAUUGUACAAAGAUAGAGAACCUGGGCUGGGUCAAACAAAGAAAACGGACUUGAAACAUGGAGGGACAACCUGCACUUGCUCAAUGAGACAAAUGUCAGUUUUCUGUUGUGUGCCCUGGAAACACGACUAAGUGUAUUGAGUGGGAAUGUUAGACGGUCAGGGUAAUAUGGGUCAGUUUGACCCAUGUAGUGCCUUGACAAUGGAAAAUUAUUAGUCCAUUUUGUUUUUGAUUGAUUUGACUAUUUGAAGCCUAGUGUUGUGAACAUUGGUCCUUUAUAUAUAUAUAUAUAUUUAAAAAAAAAUCUAAAUAUCGUUCAAUUUGUCUUCACACCAUAAUUUUAUUGACUGUACAUUUCCCCCAUACCAGAUUCACAUUUUAGCUCAUUAGAACUAAUUAAACGUGUACCUGUAAAAUCAAA